AUUGUUUAAAACCUUAAGUAGAUUUUACCGUAAUUUAUUUAUUUAAAAUUCACAAAAAAGUACACAUGUUCGAAAAUAUUGUGAAUAACGUCGAAUCAUUUUGUAAAUAUUGAGCACAUUGAGCACGUUUUGUGAAAUUUUAUUAAAUAUUCUGAAAAAUCAGCAAAUAUGUCUUUAAAAGGAUUAAAAAACAGAAAAUCGAGACGAGUUCCAGCAGCUCGCAGAUAUAAAAUUUUGAAGAAGAUAGCAGCAUCAAAGAAAAAGAAGGAGAAGGAAGCAAAAAAGUUACCUAAAAGGAGUGUCAAACAAAAGCUGAUUCAAAUCCCAAAUGUAUGUCCAUUCAAGGAAAAAAUCAUUGAAGAAGUUGAGGCUGAUAAGGCACGCAGAGAAGAAGAGAAGCAACAGAAAAUUGAAAAGAUGAAGUUAGAACGACAGGAAGCAAAGAAAAAGAAUACAUUAGAAUCUAUUGUUAUUGAUGCUGAGCAAAGAGCAGAAAGCCAUGUUGAGAAGAAGGAAGAUGGAACUGACAAUCUUCAAGCCAGCCAACAACGAACAAAGGAAAAUUCACUCAAAUCGUAUUUUAAAGAAUUCAAGAAGGUCGUUGAUGCAGCCGAUGUCAUUUUGGAAGUUUGUGAUGCUCGAGAUCCAUUGGGAACUAGAUGCAAUGAAGUAUCAACAAUUAUUCGUGAGAGUACCGGUCAGAAGAAACAUGUUCUUAUUCUAAACAAGUCUGACUUGAUUCCUCGUGAAAAUCUUGACAAGUGGAUUAAGUAUUUGAGAAAAUUUGGUCCCGUUGUACCAUUCAAAGCAAGUACACAGGCACAAAAGAAGAAUAUUGGUCGACGUCGAUUCAACAAAAGUCGUCCUCAGACUAAUCAAUUGUCAACAUGCGUUGGUGCUGAAUUGCUCAUGUCAUUGCUCGCAAAUUAUUGUCGUAAUAAAGAUUUAAAGACAUCAAUUCGUGUUGGUAUCGUAGGAAUUCCAAAUGUUGGCAAAAGUUCAAUCAUUAAUUCUUUAAAGCGACGCAGAGCAUGUCAAGUUGGAGCAACACCUGGAAUCACAAAAACAAUGCAGGAAGUUGAAAUUGAUUCAAAUAUAAAGCUUAUUGACAGUCCAGGAAUUAUUUUUCAACGUCCAAAAAAUGAAUCACCAGAUGAAUUUUUUGCACUUAAAAACGCUCAGCAUGUUAAUACAGUUCAAGAUCCAUUUCCUUUGGCAAAUGAUAUUUUAAAACGUGCAACAGUCAUGUAUUUUUGCAAACUCUAUGACAUUACAGAAUAUCGUAGUCCAGAAGAAUUUCUCUCAAAGAAAGCUAUCAAAAUGGGAAAAUUAAUACGAGGUGGUGUACCUGAUGUUAGAUCAGCAGCUCGUAGUUUGAUUCAAGAUUGGAAUAUUGGUAAAAUUAAAUACUGCACACAACCACCUAAAGACGAUUCUAUGGAUGUUCAUCUUAGUGCCUCAAUUGUCGCAAAUACAACAGAACGAAAAGAAUUCGACAUAGACAAUUUAGAUGAGUUUAUGAAUGAAUUAAAUCAACAUUAUGAAAUCGCAGAAAAUGAUACAAUUAUGGAAGUUGACAGCAAAGGUCCAGUUGCAAUGAAAACAGGCAAGAAACCAAAAGAAUCGUUUGGUGAUGCUGAUAUUAUCGAUGACGACGAUGAUGAUAAUGAUGUAGAAGAAAUGGUAGAGACUGAUAAGAAUAAAAAGAAAAAGAGAAAGGCGAAUGAUGAUGAUUAUCAAACGAAAAAAAUCAAAAAAGAUCCUGUAUUCAAGCUUGAAGGAAAUCUUUCUGUAAAUAAACAGAAUAAGGAUGCUGCUAAGAAAUUGAAGAAAAAACGUGAAAAAAAUGAAAAGAAAAUUUCAAAUGUGGCUGAUGUUCUUGAGAAUUUCUCAUUGAAAAAUGCAGGAAGUGCUGAUUAUGAUUUCGAUGAGGACUUUAAAAUUGAGUAAAAAAAAAUCUAUAUUACUAUCCAACUUAAAAUUGAACAUCUAAAAUGAAAUAAAAAAAUUUUAAUUUUUUGAACUCAAAAUUUGAAAACUUUAUUAUAUAAAUCCCAUAAAAUCAUCAAGGUACUCGAUAAACUUAUUCAAAUUUCCUGUCUCGUACUCCUUUAGUGACGUAACAUCAAACUUUUCCAAUGUUUCGACAAGAUUUGAUAAGAAACAGUAUACUAAGUAUCCGUCUUUAUUCAACUGCUCUGCCAACUCUACUUGAUGAUUAUUCAUUAAUGUAUCGUUGACUACAACCAGUAAAGGUUUCUUUUUGCCUAACACAUCUAUACAAGUUCCAGCUCCAGCAUGAGAAAUUACCAAGUCAGCUUCUAUUAUAUCAUUUUCAAUAGUCGUUUUUAAAUCAAACUGUUGCACAUUUAUAUCUUCAAAAUGACUAAAAUCAAUCUCUUUUCCUUUUCCUCUUUGAAUUAUUAGUUCCUUGCAUUUCAAUCGGCAUUUAAAUGUUUCAUAAACUUCCUUCUCACUCAGUUUUUCUAUGAGAUGAUCAAAUUCUGUAGUUCCAACAGUUACGAAAAUCCUCUUAAAUUCCAUUUUAUUCAAUUUGCUAGUUUAUUUUCUUAAUUUUUUUAUGUGACUUUUUGACGACAAUAAUCAUAACAUUUAGUUCCUCUAAC